AUGUCAAAAACCUCCGAAUCCGACGUAAUCCUCAACAGAGCCAACGUCGCCCUAUCCCGCAGCCAAAGACUCGUGGCAUCAUGGCUCCCCCAAACAGACGAACCAACCAAAACAGACGAAGAACUCCAGAAAGAAGAAGAUGAGAUCUUCACAGCUGUUCCAGAGACACUAGGAAUUGGGGCCCCGCUCCCUCAGAAAGCAGCAGAUGGAAGCUGGAAUCGAAGCGAUCUAGACUCGAAUGAUAAAUUGCGGAAACAAUUACUAGGCAAGAAUUAUGAUCGGGUUAUGAAGGCUGCUGCGGAGGAGAAGGCUGCGCAGAAGGCUGCGAAGGCUAUACCAGUUGAGAAAGAGGAGAAGGAAGAGGAAGAAGAAUAUGAUGAGGAGGAUGGGAGAUCGGCGAUGUUAUCGAAACAGAGGGAGAAGAAGAGGAAGGGGGCACCGGGUGUUCAUCCUGCUGUUUUGGCGGCUGAAGCUGCAGCUGGGACUGGGGAGACGGAUAAGGGACCUCGCAAGGGAAGGAAGAAGGCGACGAGUUAUUUGGAUGAGCUUUUGGCGGAGAGGUCGAAGAAGAGGAAGAAGAGGUGA